UCAGCGUUUUAUUUUUUUAGAAGAGUGCGCUAAAAGAUGGGCACCACAGUCAGCUCAAUGAAAGACUUGGAUACUAUCCCAAAGCGGGUGAAAUAUUUGUCUGAAGCUGCACCACAGAAGGAACUCUUCGUGUUCUAUGAUGAGAAGAAAAGAAGUUCCUUGACAGCGCUGGAAGUCUAUCAGAUGUCUGGACGGUUCGCCAACAGACUCAAACAGGAAGGUUUCCAGCGUCAUGAUGUCGUCUGCAACACACUGCCCAACUCUCCAGAGCGGGUCAUCACUGACCUUGGCAUUGUGUUUGCUGGGUGUACGCCCAUAAAUGGUCACGCCCUGCUUGCCGACGGCUCUGAUUUGUUCCAUGUCCUGAAAGUGAGCAAAUGUCGAGCAGUGAUUGUGUCUGACGAGGCCAACUCUAACGCCCACAAAGUCCUGCAGCCUUUCUACAAGAGCGACUCUCAUCACCUGUUUAAUACCCUUCACCAUAAGGAUCUGCCUUCUCUUACGUCAGCCAUUGUUGUUUCCAGGGAAACCAAAGGGUCAAGGUCGCCGCUGAUGGACCUAUUGAGGUCUUCAAAAUUAGAGACGCUGACAGACUCUGUCGUGCCGGCAGACCUCGCCUUUGUUUUUGCAACUUCCGGCUCGACCGGCUACUCCAAACUUGUGCCCCGGUCCCACGAGGAACUGCUGAGGACGACGGACGGUCUAGUGGCCAGGUUCUCGGCUGGGAGGAGCGUGACCAGCCCCGGCGAGAACAAGGUCAAGAUUUUCAACGACCGUCUGCUAGGUUGGAUGGGUGGAUUCCCAGCAGAGGUCUACUGUAACGGCGACACGCGGGUGUUGAUGGACGUCUACCGGAGGCCGUGCAGCCUGGAGGCCAAGUGGGACGCUGCCGUGACGGAGAAGUGCGGCUCCUUCAGUCUCUCUCCCAGGGAGGUGGACGCCGUGCUGAGACACGCAGAGAAGCAGGGGACACUGGCACAGGAGAUGGCCAUCUCGACAGGUGGACAGCCGCUCACACAGCAACAAAUAACAAAGAUGUUGAAACUGUCCAAGAGAAUUAUCAUCGGGUACGGUUCAACAGAAUCUGGGGCCAUUUCAUCAGCUGUUGUCGUAGACAACAACUACACCAACUUUAGUUGUGGCAAGCUGAGCCCAGACAUCACUUUAAAGAUCACUAACUCAGCUGGAGAGACUUGUGGACCAAACGAAUAUGGAACUAUCUAUGUUAAAGGCAACUUUGUACUGAAGAAAUAUUUCAACCGUCUGGAUGAGCCGGACCAGCAGACGACCAAAGCCUUCACGUCUGACGGCUGGUUCAACACCGAGGACUGCGGCUGUCUGGACGGGGACGGCAACAUCUACGUUGUGGGGAGGAACAGCGACACCAUCACCCACGGGCUGUUUGCUGUGUACCCCGGGUGGAUCGAGAAGAAAAUUCUGGAACAUCCACAAGUAGAAGACGUGUGUGUGGUGCCGGUGUCCGAUCCAGAAAUACAUCAGAAGAUCUGCGCAUGCCUGAAGCUGUUUCCCGGAAGUGGAGUGACCGAGAAGGAGAUGAGGGAACAUUUUAACAAGAAGAUUUUUGCCAACGUUGAGCAAGGGUUGACGCCCAUGCCAGAAUACAUCAUGUUGUUCCAUGACGACUUCCCUCUCACCCCCACGGGGAAGGCACACAGAGAGGAAAUAAAACGGUUGGCUGAGAAAAAGUUUGGACGCAAGUAAAAUAAGACGUGCAGCCACAAUGUUUCAGUUAGUCUCAAGUAUGGAGAGUAUUUCUAC